GACAUAAACAUUAUUACAGUGACGAGAUUACAAAAAUGACAGAAGAGGAAAGGGAACCCACAAAUAUUUUCAACGACAAAUGAAAAAGCAAAUAAAUACUUGUUCGAAUGUAUGAUAGAAUGGUAAAUUAAGAUAUUAAAUAAUGGGUUUGUGAACUGUUAAAUUGACUGACAAAUAGACGGCUCAAAAUGUUGAAAUUUUAUGUGUUGAUCGUGUUGGUUUCUUCAACACUUUCAAAUGUCGAAGCUCAAGAGAAACAAUUCUAUGGCAGUUGUGCAUAUGGUUUCUGCGAGCAGUUGUGCAAGGAGGUGGCUGUUGAUAUCAUGUCGUGUUACUGUCGCCGUGGUUACAUACUAAGAAGUGACGGCAGACGAUGUAUAGAAAACCAGGACGACACCAUUUACUCAGGCGAUGACGAAUCUAGUAGUACCGGUGAAGAAACGUCAAACUGUGACGACGAACAAGGGACAUGUAACAAAGAAGAAAUCAUCUCUGGUGAUGGAGAUUAUUCGUCGUUUUUUCACCCGUCAGCGUCAACGUUGCCUUCAACGUCGUCUUUUAAAUCACCGUCAGCGUCAUCAUUAACGUUACCCUUAGUAUCAUCGUUUUCUUUAAUAACGCCGUCGCCGUUAUCUUCAACGCUGUUGUAUGCAACGAUACCCAGCUCGUCAGGCAAGCAAAGUUCAAAACUUCUCCCAGCAAGCACUGCGAGUGAUAAAAUGGAUAUGUUAUCAACUUCAACCAACAACAUCAUUGACAAACCAAGUAUAACAUAUCUGGAUGGUGCAACAAGUACCCAGCUCCAUGCUGUAGUAUCAACAACCAAUAAAAAAUCAAGCCGGUUGUCAACGGUAUCCGCUUUGAUUUCUACUGAUAGUAUUGCAAACUCAUAUGAAAAUUCACAGCUGAAUACAAAAAUAGAAACUGAAGCGUCUAGCCAAGUUUUUUCCACUUAUCGGUCUACAUCAAGUUUCUCAGUUAUUUCACCAUCUUCUUCGUCAUCUUUUUAUUAUCCGAUGGCAACUUACACGGCAACUGAUAGAACAACAAAAUCAACAUUAGGUGUCCACAAUGCGGUCGGAAUGUCAUCAAAUGUUCUAAAUGUUGACAAAUCUUUUUCUGCCAUUGUACUCCCUUCGUUAAAUGUCAUCUCAAAAAAAGUUGACACGACUUCAAGUACUGUUGCUAUGGCUGCUUUAGAACCGUCCCAAAAAAUUGCUUCGAUAACCACGUCAAUAAUGAAAACUGAUUCAUCUUCUAGCAAGAUUUGGUCACCAUCAGAAUUUUUCACUGUACAGCAAGAAAAACAGGAAACCUCUGUAUACGCCUCAACUAAUACAAUUGUGGAAACAACGAAGUUAUUAACCUCAAGAUAUUUCAACACAGCAAGUUUAUAUGCAGAAGAAAAGAUUUCUCCGUCUGUAUCAUUUCCAGCUGAACUACUAUCAACUGAAUAUAAUAAUAAAAUGACUUUCAUUAAUACACCCCUUGGAGAAAGUGUUGAUAUUUAUACUCAUUUUAAUAAUGCACCAACAUCCAACAUGCUGAUUGGAAGUAAAUCUUCUGAAAGAAGAGCAAACGUGACAAACAAUGCCAUGUUCACACACACUAAGAAUCUUAAACCAUCAAUGCUAAAGCUAAACACAAAAGAUGCUAGCCAUAGUUUUCGAAAGUUGUUUGUAUCAAGAUCAACCAAGACUUACUCAAAAACGUCAUUAUUACAUGAACCCAACGAGGGAAUGAACGAAGAGAAAUUGGAUACAAGAAAAACACCCAUAAAGCAUAUUUCUAUAAGCAAGUCUCAAGUUACAAAGUCGACCGUAUUUAUUGAGGAAAAGGAAAAUGUUACAGUUCGAAAACAAAAUGGUAGCCAACUCGUUGCAAUAUCACACAUUUUAUUUUUACUGGUCCUAGCACGAGUAGGAUUCAUCACAAUAAAAAAUAUCACGUGAUCAUUAAAAUAUAUGACAAGAUUUUACGGAACAAACGCGAGUUUGUUCCAAAGAGUUUUUGUUGUCUCUUCAGCUUGUCUAACAAGCCACUUCAGUCCCUGGAGAAGUUAGAAAGAAACAUUUCGUUAACAAUUAUUAUGUUAUCAACAAUCAUCCUCCUAGAAAACGCUAAUGCCAUUAUUGCGAUUUUUUCGCAUAAAUUUCCCUUAAGGGAAUUAAUUUUCGCGGAAUGAAAUUUUCGUAAUUCAUAUGCAAAAAUCACGAAUUUUUUGCGUAUUCGCGAAAAUUACUUCUCUUUAAGGCAGAAAAGGUAGUAAAAAUAAAUUCUUGUUGCAGCUUUAUUGUAGAGUGUUGUUUUAUAGAAUUAUGAGGGUGGUAAUUAUAUUAAGUAUGACUUUUUGCAAGCAAUAUAUUCCGUGAAAUUUGCACUU